UCAACUUUGGGCAAGGAAGAAAAAAGUGAAAUUUUGAGAACAUAUAAAAGAAAGAAAAUAAAUUAAGGAUAAGUUUGGAAUUGGAUUGGGAGAGAGUGAAAAUGGAGUUGGAAGCAGUGAAGAGGUAUUUGGAGAAAGGAGUGGGAACAUCAUCGGAGGUUGAUGCUUUGCCACCGAGGUUUUUGGAACCCCUAAUAAUGAAUUCGCUUAAGGUUGAUCUCAUUGAACCUGGUCGCAUUCUCUGUUCCAUGAAGAUACCUCAACGUUUACUCAACGCUGACAAUACGUUGGAAGGUGGUGCCGCCGCUGCGCUGGUGGAUGUGGUGGGUUCCGCCGUGAUUCCCACCGUUGGGUGCGGUCCGAAUACGGGGGUUUCCGUUGAGAUUAAUGUUUCCUACUUGGAUGCUGCCUAUGUCGAUGUAUCUCACCAAACUAUCUAUCUUCUUUGAUUAUUGAUUUGUGAUUUGUUAUAAUGAUCCAUUUACUUGAUAAAUGAAUCAUAGUAACGGGGUCAGGUUUGGUUUGGGUGACUGAUUUUUUUUCCUUUAAUUGCUCUUUAAA